AUGGCAACUGCUCCCAACUCUCCCGAUUCUCCGAGAAACGGUAGAAACGUUGAUUUCGAAGAAGAAAGCCCCCCUUUAUCACACGGCAGCUCAACGAGUACCCGCCAUAAAUGGAUCUCACGAACUAAUCGUAGUCGUACUGAUGUUGUCGCCCAUGUCGAAUCACGAGCAUUCCGUCAUUCAAGUAUUGUAAAGCGACCUCAGGCUUUACAUUACAAAAGAGACGAUGAUCCUAACAGUAAUGACUUUCCUCUGCUGGAAAGGAAGCUUACUAGGCCGAUGAGCAACAGUAGUGGGAGUAGCGGGGGAGAUGGAGAAGAGCGCUCCACGGAUGACCUUCUCAAGCAGAUUUCCCGUUUGGAUCUAUUUGUAGAUUUGAUUUGGAUUGGUAUUGUCGCCAACUUAUCUGAAACUUUCAGUGAACAAGCCUUCACGGACAGUGGUGUCGGUAUUGGUCCUGCAAUCCUGGAAUUUAUGCUUCUCUUUGUCCCAAUUUGGCGGACUUGGGAUCAUUUGAGAGCUUUUUGUAUCAACUUUUUCGUCGACGACAUCCUUCAGCGCAACUUCAUUGUCUGGAUCCUCAUUCUUUCCGUUCUAUACGGAGUAAAUGCGCCAUACGCCUUUGUCGCUCAUGAGGGUAAGAGCUCAUUGACGCUACUUAUCGUAUUCUAUCUGAUACUGCGAGUUUCGUUUCUGGCUGCGAAUAUCGCCCAGGCAUUUUUUAUACCCUUCCUCAGACGACAAACGCUCUUCAGGGUCUUCGCCACUAUCUCUUCAAGCGCUUUGUGGAUCGCCGCAAUAUUUGUUCACUAUCCCGCCAAGAUUGGGUUUCUCAUUGCAGCUAAUGCUAUUGAACAUCCCGUCGAUAUCUUCUUGGCUUCUCCGAUAGCUGAUGCCUGGCUUACUCCUGGCUGGAAGAGAACACCGCACAUAGACCAUUACAUUGAGCGCCACGAAGGUUUCUUCAUCAUCAUUCUUGGUGAAGGCGUCUUUCGUCUCAUCGAAGGUAGCCCAUCCGGUUGGGGCUUGAACGGACACACCGGUACCGUUGUCAUAGCAUUAAUUAUGUACUAUUUGCUGCAUUGGCUGUACUUCAAUGGCGACCAUACUAAGCAGUUUGUCCACGCCUUACGGCGUACGUGGUGGAAGCCUGUAUUGUGGCAAGCGCUUCACGUCUUCAUGUUUGCUUCACUUCUUGUCCUCGCCGCGUCAACACUCUUCUUAGUAGAGCAUCAGGAUGUCAAGAUCCAUUCGUCAGACGAUGCUCCCACUGUUGAGCGCCGUGCCGAAGAAGCAGAACCAGCACCAAAGGCUGCCAUUUUUGCCAUCUGACAAGCCGAAGACGCUACUUGUGAACUCAAGAUGGCUGCGGAUAGGUGGAAGAUUACCGAUCAUCGUGAUAAUAUGCUGCUUACCGUUGAUAAAAUCGCUUACUUCAUCCAUGUGGUUUGGGAUUGUGGUGUGUUUGCUAUACGCGGUGUCUUUCUGGGAGUGGAUUGCUGGACUGGAGAGAAAUUGGAAGUUAUUAGAACCGAAAGAGGAGUAAUAUAUUGGUUUGAGAGAGGGCUUGGACCGGGAAUGUGA